GCGUUUCUGAAAUCCAGAUUCUUGAAGAAAGGCGUAAAACCAACUAAAUAUUCCCCAACCCGGAAACCAAAACCAUAACAAUGGCUAGGAUCCCAAAAUCCGAUGCAUGUUUUUAAAGUUAAAAAAAAAAACAAGUCAUUUUUAAACUAUUCCAUUCGCUUUUCAUUAUUUUACAAUUUUUUCAAAAAUGAACAGAAUGCGUCGAUCAACUGCAUUUUCGGAGCACGUGACUUUUCAUACCGUCAUGGCCAAAAGAGGAACCGGAAGUAAAUUAGAUCGAGAAGUGGAAAUUCAGUUUACAAAUUUACAAUUAAUCGGAACCGGUUCCUUUGGUGCUGUUUACAAGGCUGUGCUCCGCGAGAACGACGAGCCAAUUGCAAUUAAGAAAAUCAAAGUUGACGAUCGAUUCAAGAGUCGAGAACUUACCAUCAUGCACGAAAUGGACCAUCCCAAUAUUAUACGACUUCUGUAUUAUUACGUUAUGCAGCAAGAAAAUUGCCUAAACUUCGUGAUGGAAUUUAUGCCAAAAGAUUUGGCAUAUGUCCAUCGUCAAUUUGCUCAUAAUGACAAACAAAUGCCAGCCUAUUCUAUCAAGCUUUAUAUGUUCCAACUACUUCGGGGAAUCGGUUUUCUUCAUCUCCACAAUAUUGUUCAUCGUGAUAUAAAGCCAAAAAAUCUGCUCGUUGAUGAGUCAAAUGGGAUACUUAAAAUUUGUGAUUUUGGAUCUGCAAAACGUUUGGAGAAGAAUGAGCCGAACAUUACGUACAUUUGCUCAAGAUAUUAUCGUGCUCCGGAACUCAUAUUUGGCUCAAAAAACUAUGAUACCUCAAUAGACACAUGGUCAGUUGGCACUGUAGUUGGCGAGUUACUCCACAACUCUCCAAUAUUCCUGGCGGACUCGGCAGUUGAUAUUCUAGCGCUGCAAAUCAAAGCAUUCGGUACUCCUUCAAAAGAAGACAUGGCUAAAUGGAACUACGAAUAUGUUCAUAUUCCAUACGAUACAAUAACCGGAGUUGGAAUUCAGAAAUUCAUUGGAAGAAAACUUUCCUUAUCCACCCUCGAGUUGCUCAACAGUUUGAUGAAAAUGGAUCCGAAACUUCGUAUAAAACCAUACGAGGCUCUGACUCUUCCAUACUUCGAUGAUCUGAGAGACCCCCACUACAAGCUGCCCAGCGGUGCUCCGAUCCCGCCACUUUUCGAUUGGCUCGAGAGAGAGUACAUUGCCAACCACGAGAUAAUUAAGGACAUUUUCCCCCGGAGUGAGGAAGGCGACAAAGUUGAGUGCUUGUGAGAAGUUAAUUACUUUGUUUAUUAAUAUUUGCCCUCUUUAAUUUUUAAGCGUUUUUUUUUCAAACUUUUUGUAAGAAAGCUUUACCGCUUUUUGUAUAAAAAUGUAGGCAAUUUUGUAGACAAUGUUCAUACAUUUGUAUAUAUUGAUAACAAUCAAGUGUAUCAGAGAGAAAUAAAUAAUAACAAAAAUUGAGAGACAAAUAAAGAGAUGUUUGAUU